GACGUACCAAAAUCCGAAACUUACGUUUGUAAUAAGAUAAUGUAAACUAUUGUAAAGUGUAAAAUUUAUCUAAAAUAUAGCAGGAACUGCUUCACCAUGUCUUCUUCGGCUAUAUACAUACUAGAUGUCAAAGGUAAAGUUCUCAUUUCGAGAAAUUACCGUGGUGAUGUUGAUCUGGGUGUGAUCGACAAAUUCAUGCCUUUACUGAUGGAAAAGGAAGAAGAGGGAAUGUUAACGCCUUUAUUACAGACUAGUGAAUGUACAUUCGCCUAUAUCAAAACCAACAACUUGUACAUUGUAUCAACCACAAAGAAAAAUGCUAAUAUUGCACUUGUGUUUGUAUUCUUGUACAAAAUUGUUGAAGUUAUGACUGAGUACUUCAAAGAAUUAGAGGAAGAAAGCAUUCGAGACAACUUUGUGGUGAUCUACGAGCUACUUGACGAACUCAUAGACUUUGGAUACCCUCAGACCACUGAUAGCAAAAUUCUACAAGAAUACAUCACCCAAGAAGGUCAUAAACUUGAAAUGCAGCCCAAAAUACCCAUGGCGGUUACCAAUGCUGUGUCGUGGAGGUCCGAAGGCAUAAAAUAUAGAAAGAAUGAAGUCUUCUUGGAUGUUAUCGAGUCUGUAAAUUUAUUAGCCAACUCAAAUGGUAAUGUACUGAGGAGUGAGAUUGUUGGAGCUAUUAAAAUGAGAGUGUACUUGUCUGGUAUGCCAGAAUUACGUUUAGGCUUAAAUGAUAAGGUCUUAUUUGAAAGUACCGGCAGAGGAAAAUCAAAGUCUGUAGAGUUAGAAGAUGUGAAGUUCCAUCAAUGUGUUAGAUUAUCACGUUUUGAAAAUGAUAGGACCAUCUCAUUUAUACCUCCUGAUGGUGAAUUUGAAUUGAUGUCAUACCGACUCAACACUCAUGUAAAACCUCUGAUUUGGAUAGAGUCUGUUAUUGAGCGUCAUGCUCAUUCAAGAGUUGAAUACAUGAUAAAAGCUAAAUCUCAGUUUAAGAGACGAUCAACUGCUAAUAAUGUUGAAAUCAUUAUACCAGUUCCUGCUGAUGCUGAUUCACCAAAAUUCAAGACAACAAUUGGUAGCGUUAAAUAUACACCAGAACAAAAUGCGAUCACAUGGUCAAUCAAAUCAUUUCCAGGAGGCAAGGAGUACUUAAUGAGAGCUCACUUUGGUCUGCCUUCUGUUGAAUGUGAGGAAGUUGAUGGAAAGCCCCCAAUUCAAGUAAAAUUUGAAAUACCGUAUUUCACAACUUCUGGAAUUCAAGUAAGAUAUCUGAAAAUUAUUGAGAAAAGUGGAUACCAAGCCCUACCUUGGGUAAGGUACAUUACUCAGAAUGGUGAUUAUCAGUUAAGAACAAAUUAAAAAGUACAUUCCAUUUGGAGCUUCAAUAGAAAUUGCAUUAGCCAUAAAAACUUAAUCUAUGCUAAAAUAGUAAUUCAAAACAACAUUUAGUUAAUUUGAUAUGUUUGUAUCAUUAUUGUUGAUGAAGUCUGUUUCCAAACAGUCUCGCCUAGCACUAGAUAGAAGGUCUGUGACUAAUGUAAAAAUAAUGCUGACUUAAAAAAAGUUAAGCCGUAGAGCUCCAUUAGAUGUUAUAUGCACCUUUCAAUUUCAGUUUAAUAAAAUUAUAUAUUUUAAUCAUAGAUAUUUGUUUGUUUGAAGUAUUGCAUUUUAAUUGACUAUAUUAUUGUAAUAAA